AUGUCGGAUGAUGAGGUGCCCGACACUGAACCGAAACCGCUGAUUGCGGCGAGCGACAUCAGCAUCAGGGACCACUUCGAAAUCCAGGAGCAACUCUUUGAGGCAAGGGACCAGAUAGAGAUCAAGAGCGAGCAAAUCAUCUCAGUGCAGGAGCUACUCAACGACAGCAUGGAACUCAACUUCAAGCUCUCUGCCCACCGCAACACGUUCACCGUCGACCCGAACGUGCGCAGAUUCGAACCCUAUGAACGGAUCUACGCGGCCGAAGGGCCCGCCACGCACAGGCCGAAGCCCGCUUCGCGCGACAUCAGAAUCGCCUUGGGAAUGCCGAUGGGCGACCAGUCGUUCCAGGAAAUGCGCACGAAGGCUGAACAAGAAUUGCGCGGCCUUCGCCAAAACUUCCAGUUGCGCGACUCGGCGUACAGGUUCCUCCGCGACAACUCGAGGGAUAACUGGACGACGCUCCCGCUCAAGCGCGACCUGAACGACUGGAUCAGGCCGCCAAGGCUGGAACGGGCUGCCUGCGACUUCAGCCUGGGCAAGCGGGCCCCUCGCGCCAAGGCGGACCCCAGCAAGACCAACGCCGCCAAGAUCAGCACGAGCCGCGGCGCCGCCAGGAAAACCAUCGCCAAACCAACCCGCGCCCCGCCUGCGCCCAAACCGAUCAAGCCGGACACGCCCGAGCCGCCCCGCGCCUCACAUCUUCGCUCCUCCACGCGUCGUCAAGGCCCGCGCGUGCGCUACACCCAAUUCUUCCGC